AUGUUUCCAGUGUAUCUUUGGGCCACUGUAUCAUUAAUUUGCUCAGGAGUCAUCAUCCUAUUCAUCGUAUUAUUCUUCAAAUUCAGGAAUAAAUUCUCAGUGGCAUUGAUCCUUAUGGCACUCAUUAUUUUGUUGUGCACCACGAAUAUCUGUUAUGCGUGUUGCUCAAAACCGGAAUUUGACUGUUACGUUUUAAUUGGCUUCUGUGCUUUCGAAGAUUUGCUAACAAUCAUCUUGUGCGCCUUGAUAAGACGGUUAAAAAGUCAAGUGCUUAUUGUAAUGGCAGUCCUAGAUGUGGUCUUGUAUAUAAUUGGGACAGUAUUGUACUUCUUAUACAAAGAUUGUGUAUUUCGCCGUAUAUGUCAGGUGUAUAUUGCAUUGGCUGGUGGCUUCUGGAAUUCUGCUGUAUGUUUGGCAGCUCUGAUUAUCACUGAUCUUCUUAAAUGA